AUGAAGUUCCUCGAACGAGCUGUUGCUGUGGCCAUUGCAGUUGCAGGGCGGAACGCUGUUGCUUCAAUACUCGACCCUGAUGUUGGCGAAGGUUUUAGGUUCCGUGAUCGAACCGUUGAAAGUGCGGUCAAGAAACUGGUCCAAGUUUCGAGCCCUACGGAGAGUAUACUUCAGGUAGACUCUAUCACGGCCAUCCAAGAAACGACGGCGGGCAGCAUGCACCCGACGAGCGGCGGCUAUUUUGCCCCCUUUGGGUUUAAUGAGCCACCAGAGGCUUUGUACAGACGGAACGGUAGCCUUGCACGACUAGCUCCGAUCAUCAACGUCGCUGCGGAAGCUUUGAACCAGCCGAUCCCGACGAACAAAUGGUGGGGAAACUUGAUCCACAUCACGGCUCUCAACACGUCCGAGAACUUUCCAGCAUGGGCUCAGCCGUACGCAUUCAUGCUGCCCAGAGUACCGCCAUAUGGAUUGAUGGCGUACUACCCCUACACGUAUCGUGAGAUGGCACCAGAGAUCAAUGGCACAGUCCAAUGGUACUCACACGGGGUCCACAAUGACCUGACGUUCUCGGCACUCGGUUUCAACGAAACGCGACCAACGUACGAAGUGUACUCGUGGAGUGAUGUGGGUAUCAAGCUCCGACUUUGUGAUCGUGGAACUACCAACUGCAUCGAUUCAGCGCUGUUGAGCGGCAUGGCCUUCGUGUCGGCCACGUACAACUGUCUUACUCCGCGCAUCGACACCGAGCACAACAUCACAUAUGUAGACGAACUGGCACCGGGCAAGUUUGCUAUUUACCUGAAUAACAAUCAGACGUGGAUGCUGUAUGCCAGUGACACGAGCCUGUCGUUGCGUGUGGAGGACUCGGUGACAUUCUCGGUGAACGCGUCGGGAUCGUCCCUUGUUGCGGACGAUAUGUACUCCGGCACGAUUCGAGUCGCAGUACUUCCAGAAGGCGCACCAGACACGCUGUACGACGACUACGUGUCGUGUAUUGUACGGGGUGGCACUGUGUCGAUGGAAUCGCGCACUCAGUACUCGCUGCACUGGGAUGCUGUAGGCAGUAGUUGCGACACUGUGGGUUUGCUGCACUUUGCGCUACCGCACCACGUAGAGUCAAUGAUUGACUCUCCGAUAACGGCUGAGACACCAGGUGCCAUCACGCUCAGAUCAACUACGCGAGGUUUGAUGGUGGGUCAGGUGUCAAUGUGCUGGUCAUUUUGCGUGCCCGAGGCAGAUAUGGAGAUCGACUUUUAUCCAGCUCAGAAACCGACACCUUUUAUGGUUCAGGAAACUGACAUGCUUCGCACCCUGCAAGACGACAUUCUCGCCAACUGGACUAUGGCUACCAAUAGUUGGUACUUUAACGGAAAGGCCUUGCAGAAGUACGCGUCGUUGUGUCUGAUGGCAGCAGACAGCACGGUAGUCGGCUCAGAUACGACGCUGCUGGCGCUUUGUAUCGAGAAGCUGGAGAGGUUGUUCGAACCGUUGCUGAACAACACGAUGUCGCCCCCACUCGUCUACGAAACGCUGUACGGCGGGGUUGUCUCUGGUUUCAUUUUCGACACUGAUCAGUUGUACAUGGACUUUGGCAGUGGGAUCUACAACGACCAUCACUACCACUUUGGCUACUACGUGAUGUCAGCAGCCAUCCUCAAGUACUUGGACCCGACGUGGUAUUUGAUGCCAGAGCUGGAUGAUUUGAUCUGGAUGCUGCUGCGCGACGUGACCAACCCAAGCCUGGAUGAUCCCGUCUACACUCGAUUCCGUCACUUUUCGUGGUUUCACGGCCACUCGUACUCACGUGGCGUGACACUGCUGGACCACGGCAAAGAUCAAGAGAGCACGUCUGAAGAUCUGAACUUUUACUGCGGCAUGACAUUGUGGGGCAGAGAGACUGGCCACAAGGUCCUGGAAGACCUCGGCAGUCUGAUGCUGCGUCUGAACGCUCAUUCGGUCCGCGAGUAUUUCCUGCUUUCGACAGGUAACAAGAUUCACCCGCCUGAGAUCGUGCGAAACCGAGUCACUGGCAUUUUCUUUGACAACAAGGUGUACUACAACACGUGGUUCCUGAACGAGAAGUACGCGAUCCACGGCAUUCAGAUGAUCCCGUUCUCUCCUGUUAGUCCGUUGGCUCGCACGUCAGCGUUCGUGACAGAGGAGUGGAACGACAUUUUGUCCAAGGAGCCGAUUGUUACGAUGAAAAACAGCAACAACACGUGGUUGUCGGUGUUGCUUGUGAACGCGGCGGUCGUGAACAAGAUGGAUUCGCUGUACAAGCUGAUGAAUGCGACUAUGGAUGACGGUCUGACCCGGUCGUGGGCGCUCUACAUGGCUGCUACAGCGGGCUGA